UCACACAUUUUAAUUACAAAAUACUAGAAGAGCUGGAAUGAAUUCCAAACCGCUGCAGAAAGAGGCCUUUUAUCCUGACUGCUUUUUUUCUCUGCUCAUGUUUCAUUCGUCCAAGAGUAGUUGGGCCCAGGAUGCCACUGGCCAUAUAGGGUUUCAUUUAAAACAGAACUCAUUAUUGUGCUGAUGCUGAACACUGUAAUUGUGUUGUCAUCUCCAACUCAUCAGUAUUUUUUUUUAAUGAUAAAGCCUUGCUGGGCUGCAUCAGAAGGUAGGUCGGGCUGUGAGUUUUAAGAUUGCACAGUGCAGGGAUGGUUCUUCUAACCACUAAAACCAUGCAAAUGACGGCUGUUUUCAUAACCUUCGGAGGACUAGUGACUUCCCUGAUCACCACUUUCCUCCCUCUUUGGAAGACCAUGAACUCAGACUUGAACGAAAUGGAAAACUGGUACUCGGGACUGUGGCACAUGUGCCUUUAUACGGAGGAGGUCGGCGUGCAAUGCAAGUCCUACGACUCGGUGCUGGGACUUCCUUUGGACCUGCAGAUUUCCAGGGUGCUCAUGUUGUUGUCCGUAUUCAGCGGUGGUUUAGCUCUGCUGGUUGCCAUACCAGGACUGGACGGGGUGCACGUGUGUUUGGACCGCUUCGGAAAGAGGAGAAAGUUCCUGAUCCUAGCCGGGGUGUUGUCCUGGGUUUCAGGGAUCACAACGCUGGCUCCGGUGUCGGUUGUGGCGUACACCACUGUCGUGGAGUUCUGGGAUAAAGGCUUUCCUGACGUAAUGCCGCGCUGGGAGUACGGAGAGGCCAUGUUUUCCGGAUGGUUUGGAGGUUUGGCUCUGCUCCUUGGGGGGACUCUGUUCUUUAUUGCUGUGUGCAUGGCGGACUAUGACCUGAAGAUGGCGACAAGUGUGACCAACAGCUCACUAAGGACACGGCAGUACCGCAAAACUGAGGUUCUGUAA